AUGGAACAUGAUAACAAUUUGCGGCGAAAAGACACUACAAAGGGCCCGCCACUGCGCAUCCUUUCCCUGGAUGGCGGCGGUGUCCGCGGUUAUUCGAUGCUCGUCAUCCUUCAGGAAUUGAUGCACCGAGUCUACGUCGAGUCCGAGGGCAAGCCACCGAGCAGAGAGGCCACACCGAAACCAUGCGACUAUUUCGAUCUCAUCGUCGGCACGGGCACCGGCGGGCUUAUUGCCAUCAUGCUGGGACGACUUCGACUUGACCUGGAAACGUGCAUGAGCGUCUACGUGCGAAUGACCAAGAGAGUCUUUGAGACGGACAAGACAAUAGCCGGGAUCCCAUACAAACAUACGCUUUUCAAGGCGUCGAAACUGGAAGAGGCCAUUCGAGAAUGUGUCAGAGAUCACACCGUGUUCGAGGACGAGGGCAACGAUGGAACCGCCGAGGGUGGCCGCGAGUUCGGCGAUCUGAGCAGCCCCAUCAGCACGGCCGGUGCGAUUCCUCCGAGACGGUCCAUGAGCAUCAGGAGUAACAACUCAAUGUCCAUGUCGAGUCCGUCCGGCGUAAGGAAUUCAAUCAUUUCACCUACGUUUAACGGCUGGGGAAAUCCAAAUGCGAGUUUGUACGACGGACGAGAGAACAGAACAAAGACUGCGGUAACGGCGGUGUUUAAGGACACUCCAAAGAACGGUUCGUCGGUUUUGUUGAGAUCGUACGAUUCGAGAAAAGAACCCCCUCCCGAGGUCAAUUGUACUAUCUGGCAGGCCGGACGGGCCACCUGUGCUACCGGUCUGGCGUUCAAGCCUAUUCAAAUUGGCCAGAGCGUCUUUAUCGACGACGGUGCCGGACAAUAUAAUCCUGCGGUGACUGCGUUGGACGAGACGCUGAGCGAGUGGCCUGCUCGGGAAAUCGGCGUCUUUGUCAGUGUGGGCACCGGCAAGCGGCCCGAGAACAGUGGCGUCCCGGAGCAUGAGUGGUGGGAGGAUUUCCUCGGUGGCAGUAUGGGCAUGUUCGCCGAGGCCAGACGACGGCUCAUUGCGAAGAUUGAAGCCUGCGAAGUCACCCACCAACAAAUGAUCAAGACCGAGUUGCCCAAACGUGGUGUUCCACGGGAGGUUUACUACAGAUUCAACGCCACUAGUUCCGUCGGAUCUGUGGGCAUGAAUGAAUGGGCUGCUGUAUCGACGAUUCAGACAAAUACCCGGAAAUACUUGCGACAAGACGACACCCAGAGACUGCUAGGGGACGCGGCGCUGAAGAUGGGCAAGAUCGAAAUCAUGAAGAGACGAUAUGAGCGAGGUGACACACACACCAGAGGCUCGAGCUGGUCAUAUCGACAAAAACCACAGCCGCCAGCGCCACCUGUUGCACCAGCGCAUCCUGGAGCGAUCGAACUUCCGGCGCAGGACGCCUCGUCUUACACCCCUACACAGCAUCCUCGGAUCCCAGGCAUGCCACCUUAUCCGAACGACGAGUAUGCUUCGUCCCAGGACAAAUUCAGUCUUUUGCCUGGAGAUACGAACUCGUCGCGUGUGUCCGGAGACCUUCCGUAUCGCGGCGCACGUGAUGAGAAGAAUGUGUAUCAGCCGCCUCCUGUUUCUUCGCUACCGGCGCACAACUACAAUCCCUCCGAACCACCGCCACGGCCACCGAAGACUCCGAUUGACGACCAUGCCUUUCCCGUGCGGCAGCGUACCUCGCCCAUGGCCACCGGCAGGACAAAUGGCGUGCCUAGACCGCCCUAUCCGCUGGACUACGAUGCAGGACCGCCGCCGAUGGUGAGUAAAUUGAGGAAGCCGGAGUAUAUACCUGAAUGA